UAAGUAAAGUUUAACAUGACGUUUUGCCUUUUGGUUACGUUUUGGUGUUUGAUAUGAACGGUUGGCUUUUGAAAUAACAAAAAAAAAAAGAACAAUUUUACAUUAAAGAAAGGAUACAUUAUAAACAAUAUUCCUAAAAAAGCAGCUGCACAAAACUUCAAUUAGAAAAUUAAAGAAAAAAAAACAAAUCUAACAAAAUAUUUGUAAAUUUAUAAAAAUAUUGCUAUAAACCAAGAAAAAAUCCAUUAAUUGUUUGCUGUUAUCGUCAAAAUCUCACAUAUAAAAAAUAAUAAAAAUAAUAUUCUACGUAUUAUUAUAUAAGAAGUGCAACAAUUAAAUACGUUUAAGAAAUAAAUAUUUUCCUGAAACAAAAUAAAUAAAUAAUCCAUAAAAUAAUCAUAAAAACUAAAAAGGAAAAUAUAUAACAAAAAAUCCAAAAAAUUAAUAAAUACAAUAAAUUUUUAAAUAAAAAAAUACGCUUGGAGCUUCAAGAAUUACAACACAGAAUAAAAACGGCCUGGAAAUCCAAACCAAAUUAACACCAAAUUACUUAACCUCAUAUAAUAAGGAAAAUAAAAUUAAUUAAAUAUUUAUUGCAACAAAUAUUAAAUAGAAAUAUUAAAUACACGCAAAUCUUAUAAAACGAUCGAUUGGCAUCGAUUUACAAAUACGUGUCUGUGGCGGGCGCUUGUUUGAAGAUGGCGCCUCGGAUAUAGUUGUAAUUUUAAUGUAGCAGGCGACAUACAUGUGCCUAAUGUAAGUGUGCGUAGUACUAAAUAAAUAAGCAGUAGUUUUUGGUUUUUAUUUUGUUGUUUUUUCUUUUGUACGAGCCUUGGAAAACUGAGGCUCUCAUCGUUGGCCGCAUAGACAAUGACAGAAGAUUCCGACUCGAUAUCUGAGGAAGAACGUAGUUUGUUCCGUCCCUUCACCCGCGAAUCAUUGGUGCAAAUAGAAAAUCGUAUCGCUGAACAUGAAAAACAAAAGGAACUGGAAAGAAAGAGACUCGAAGGAGAGGCGCCGCCGCAAUAUGGUCGCAAGAAAAAACAGAAAGAAAUCCGAUAUGAUGACGAGGACGAGGAUGAAGGUCCACAACCGGAUCCUACACUUGAACAGGGAGUGCCCUUACCUGUUCGACUGCAGGGCAGCUUCCCGCCGGAAUUGGCCUCCACUCCUCUCGAGGAUAUCGAUCCGUACUACAAUAAUAUACUGACAUUUGUAGUAGUAAGUAAAGGAAAAGAUAUUUUUCGGUUUUCUGCCUCAAAAGCAAUGUGGUUGCUCGAUCCAUUUAAUCCGAUACGUCGUGUAGCCAUUUAUAUUUUAGUACAUCCUUUGUUUUCGUUAUUCAUUAUCACCACUAUCCUUGUUAAUUGUAUUUUAAUGAUAAUGCCGACAACGCCCACGGUCGAAUCUACAGAGGUGAUAUUCACCGGAAUCUACACAUUUGAAUCAGCUGUUAAAGUGAUGGCACGAGGUUUCAUUUUAUGCCCGUUUACGUAUCUUAGAGAUGCAUGGAAUUGGCUGGACUUCGUAGUAAUAGCUUUAGCUUAUGUGACCAUGGGUAUAGAUUUAGGUAAUCUCGCAGCUUUGAGAACUUUUAGGGUACUGCGAGCUCUUAAAACCGUAGCCAUUGUGCCAGGUCUGAAAACCAUCGUCGGUGCUGUCAUUGAAUCUGUAAAAAAUCUACGCGAUGUGAUAAUUUUGACAAUGUUCUCCCUGUCGGUGUUUGCGCUGAUGGGCCUACAAAUUUAUAUGGGUGUUCUAACACAAAAGUGCAUUAAAAGAUUUCCCCUUGAUGGGAGCUGGGGUAAUUUGACGGACGAGAACUGGAAGCUUCACAAUGAAAACGUCUCCAAUUGGUACACAGAGGAUGGUAUAGCAUAUCCGCUGUGUGGUAAUAUAUCUGGAGCGGGGCAAUGUGGAGAAGAUUAUGUGUGUCUGCAGGGCUUUGGUCCGAACCCGAAUUAUGGUUACACUAGUUUCGAUUCGUUCGGUUGGGCUUUCCUGUCUGCCUUUCGUCUAAUGACCCAGGACUUUUGGGAGGAUUUGUACCAGCUCGUUUUGAGAGCUGCCGGUCCCUGGCACAUGUUGUUUUUUAUAGUCAUCAUCUUCCUAGGUUCAUUCUAUCUUGUGAAUUUGAUUUUGGCCAUUGUUGCCAUGUCUUAUGACGAAUUGCAAAAGAAGGCCGAAGAAGAAGAGGCUGCUGAAGAGGAGGCCAUACGUGAAGCAGAGGAGGCGGCGGCGGCUAAAGCGGCUAAACUGGAGGAAAGGGCCAAUGCGGCAGCUCAAGCAGCUCAGGAUGCAGCUGAUGCCGCCGAGGCAGCACUGCACCCCGAGAUGGCCAAGAGUCCGACAUACUCUUGCAUUAGCUAUGAACUGUUCGUUGGCGGCGAAAAAGGCAAUGACGACAACAACAAAGAGAAAAUGUCCAUACGCAGCGUCGAAGUGGAAUCGGAGUCGGUGAGCGUUAUACAAAGACAACCAGCACCUACAGCACACGCAACUAAAGUCCGUAAAGUUAGUACGACUUCCUUAUCCUUACCUGGUUCACCAUUUAACAUACGCCGGGGAUCACGUAGUUCACACAAGCAACUACUAACGAAAAGUUCAAAUAAAAAAACACCUCAGUAUACAAUACGAAAUGGGCGUGGACGUUUUGGUAUACCGGGUAGUGAUCGCAAGCCUUUGGUUUUGUCAACAUAUCAGGAUGCCCAGCAACAUUUGCCAUAUGCUGAUGACUCGAAUGCCGUGACACCCAUGUCCGAAGAGAAUGGUGCCAUUAUAGUACCGGUUUACUAUUGUAAUUUAGGUUCUAGACAUUCCUCAUAUACCUCGCAUCAAUCAAGAAUCUCGUAUACAUCACAUGGAGAUCUAUUGGGUGGCAUGGCAGCUAUGGGAGCCAGCACAAUGACAAAAGAAAGUAAACUGCGUAGCCGCAAUACCCGCAAUCAGUCUAUAGGUGCCUCAAAUGGUGGUACUCAAUAUGUGGAUAAUAAUCACAAAGAGCACCAUCAGCGUGAAUAUGAAAUGGGUCAGGAGUACACAGAUGAAUCUGGCAAGAUUAAACACCACGACAAUCCUUUUAUCGAGCCCGUCCAAACUCAAACAGUGGUAGACAUGAAAGAUGUAAUGGUCCUAAAUGAUAUAAUCGAACAAGCCGCUGGUCGGCAUAGUCGUGCUAGUGACCGAGGUGUCUCCGUUUAUUAUUUUCCUACAGAGGACGAUGACGAAGAUGGUCCAACGUUUAAGGACAAAGCACUUGAAUUUAUACUAAAAUGUAUAGACAUCUUCUGUGUGUGGGACUGUUGUUGGGUGUGGUUAAAGUUUCAGGAAUGGGUCUCCUUCAUUGUGUUCGAUCCCUUUGUGGAAUUGUUUAUUACCCUGUGUAUUGUAGUCAAUACAAUGUUCAUGGCCAUGGAUCAUCAUAACAUGAAUACCGAAUUGGAAAAAGUCUUGAAAAGUGGAAACUACUUCUUUACUGCCACCUUUGCGAUAGAAGCCACAAUGAAACUUAUGGCGAUGAGUCCGAAGUACUAUUUUCAAGAAGGCUGGAACAUAUUCGAUUUCAUUAUUGUAGCUUUGUCACUGCUGGAAUUGGGUCUGGAAGGCGUCCAGGGCCUGUCAGUUUUAAGAAGUUUUCGUUUGCUUCGUGUAUUCAAAUUGGCAAAAUCUUGGCCUACACUGAAUUUACUCAUUUCAAUUAUGGGCCGCACAAUGGGUGCAUUGGGUAAUCUAACAUUUGUACUUUGCAUUAUCAUCUUCAUAUUUGCCGUUAUGGGAAUGCAACUUUUCGGAAAGAACUAUCAUGAUCACAAGGAUAUGUUUCCGGAUGGUGAAUUGCCAAGAUGGAAUUUUACCGAUUUCAUGCACUCGUUUAUGAUUGUGUUCCGAGUAUUGUGCGGAGAGUGGAUAGAGUCCAUGUGGGAUUGCAUGUAUGUGGGCGAUGUAUCCUGUAUACCAUUCUUCUUGGCCACAGUAGUUAUCGGCAAUCUUGUGGUUCUUAAUCUUUUCUUAGCUUUGCUUUUGUCGAAUUUCGGUUCUUCUAGUUUAUCAGCACCGACUGCCGACAAUGAUACCAAUAAAAUUGCAGAAGCCUUCAAUCGUAUUGGUCGUUUUAAGAAUUGGGUGAAACGUAAUAUUGCCGAUUGUUUUAAGUUUAUACGUAAUAAAUUGACAAAUCAAAUAAGUGACCAACCAUCAGGUGAGAGGAUCAACCAGAUCAGUUGGAUUUGGAGCGAAGAACAUGGUGAUAAUGAACUGGAAUUGGGUCACGAUGAGAUAAUGGCCGAUGGUUUAAUCAAAAAGGGCCUUAAGGAACAAAAUCAACUAGAAGUAGCUAUAGGGGAUGGCAUGGAAUUCACCAUACAUGGUGAUAUGAAGAAUAAUAAACCGAAGAAAUCAAAAUUCUUAAAUAACACAACGAUGAUUGGAAACUCAAUAAACCACCAAGACAAUAGACUGGAACAUGAGCUAAACCAUAGAGGUUUGUCCAUACAGGACGAUGACACUGCCAGCAUUAACUCAUAUGGUAGCCAUAAGAAUCGACCAUUCAAAGAUGAAAGCCACAAAGGCAGCGCCGAAACAAUAGAAGGCGAAGAAAAGCGAGACGCCAGCAAAGAAGACCUUGGUCUUGACGAGGAGCUGGACGAGGAGGGUGAAUUGGAGGAGGGCCAAUUGGAUGGUGACAUAAUCAUUCAUGCGGCUAACGAUGAUGAGAUAAUCGACGAUUAUCCCGCUGACUGUUGUCCGGAUUCAUACUAUAAGAAGUUUCCAAUCUUAGCCGGCGAUGAAGAUUCGCCGUUUUGGCAAGGAUGGGGCAAUUUACGACUGAAAACUUUUCAAUUAAUUGAAAAUAAAUAUUUUGAAACCGCAGUAAUCACUAUGAUUUUAAUGAGUAGCUUAGCUUUGGCCUUAGAAGAUGUUCAUUUACCAGAACGUCCCAUACUACAGGAUAUUUUGUACUACAUGGACAGGAUAUUCACGGUGAUAUUCUUCUUAGAAAUGUUAAUCAAAUGGUUGGCCUUGGGCUUCAAGGUCUACUUCACCAAUGCCUGGUGUUGGCUUGAUUUCGUUAUUGUAAUGGUGUCGCUAAUCAACUUCGUUGCUUCACUUGCUGGAGCUGGUGGUAUACAAGCCUUCAAGACUAUGCGAACGUUAAGAGCACUGAGACCACUACGUGCCAUGUCCCGUAUGCAGGGCAUGAGGGUUGUCGUAAAUGCGCUGGUUCAAGCUAUACCGUCCAUCUUCAAUGUGCUAUUGGUGUGUCUGAUAUUUUGGCUUAUUUUUGCCAUUAUGGGUGUACAGCUUUUUGCUGGAAAAUAUUUUAAGUGUAAAGAUGACAACGACACAGUUUUGAGUCACGAAAUCAUACCCAAUCGAAAUGCCUGUAUAAGUGAGAACUACACUUGGGAAAAUUCACCGAUGAACUUCGAUCAUGUAGGUAAUGCGUAUCUGUGUCUAUUUCAAGUGGCCACCUUUAAAGGCUGGAUACAAAUUAUGAACGAUGCCAUUGAUUCAAGAGAGGUGGACAAGCAGCCGAUACGAGAAACCAAUAUCUACAUGUAUUUAUAUUUCGUAUUCUUCAUUAUAUUUGGAUCAUUUUUCACACUCAAUCUGUUCAUUGGUGUUAUCAUUGAUAAUUUUAAUGAACAAAAGAAGAAAGCAGGUGGAUCAUUAGAAAUGUUCAUGACAGAAGAUCAGAAAAAGUACUAUAAUGCUAUGAAAAAGAUGGGCUCCAAAAAACCAUUAAAAGCCAUUCCAAGACCGAGGUGGCGUCCACAAGCAAUAGUAUUUGAAAUAGUUACUGAUAAGAAAUUCGAUAUUAUCAUUAUGUUGUUUAUUGGUUUAAACAUGUUUACCAUGACACUCGAUCGUUACGAUGCAUCGGAUACAUAUAAUGCUGUCCUUGAUUAUCUCAAUGCGGUAUUCGUAGUUAUUUUCAGUGGCGAAUGUCUAUUAAAAAUAUUCGCUUUACGAUAUCACUAUUUCAAAGAGCCAUGGAAUUUAUUUGAUGUAGUAGUUGUCAUUUUAUCCAUCUUAGGUCUUGUACUCAGCGACAUCAUUGAGAAGUAUUUUGUGUCACCGACAUUGCUGCGUGUGGUGAGAGUGGCCAAAGUGGGUCGAGUCCUGCGUUUGGUCAAGGGAGCGAAGGGUAUAAGAACUCUACUGUUUGCGUUAGCCAUGUCAUUGCCUGCCUUAUUCAACAUUUGUCUACUGCUGUUUUUGGUCAUGUUCAUCUUUGCCAUCUUUGGGAUGUCCUUCUUUAUGCAUGUCAAAGAAAAGAGUGGCAUUAAUGACGUGUAUAAUUUUAAGACAUUUGGCCAAAGUAUGAUAUUGCUCUUUCAGAUGUCUACCUCAGCCGGUUGGGAUGGUGUUUUAGACGCCAUUAUCAAUGAGGAAAAUUGCAAACAACCCGACAACGACAAAGGCUAUCCGGGCAAUUGUGGUUCAGCGACCGUCGGAAUUACGUUUCUUCUCUCAUAUCUAGUUAUAAGCUUUUUGAUAGUUAUUAAUAUGUACAUUGCUGUCAUUCUCGAGAACUAUAGCCAGGCUACGGAGGAUGUACAGGAGGGUCUCACCGAUGACGAUUACGACAUGUAUUAUGAGAUUUGGCAACAAUUCGAUCCCGAGGGUACUCAGUACAUUCGGCACGAUCAGUUGUCCGAAUUCUUGGACGUCUUGGAGCCGCCUUUGCAGAUUCACAAACCGAACAAGUACAAAAUAAUAUCGAUGGACAUACCCAUCUGUCGAGGCGACAUGAUGUACUGCGUUGACAUUCUGGAUGCCCUGACCAAAGACUUCUUUGCACGCAAAGGCAAUCCUAUAGAAGAGACCGGGGAGAUCGGAGAGAUAGCUGCCCGACCGGACACCGAAGGCUACGAUCCGGUAUCGUCGACGCUGUGGCGACAACGCGAAGAGUACUGCGCCCGGCUGAUACAGACGGCGUGGCGUCGCUACAAGUAUGGCGAACCAGCUGAUGCUAAAGCUGCCGACGGCGAGGAAGCUGAUGAUGGCGCGGAAGGUGGCAGCGGUAGCGGCAACGGCGGUGGUAGUGGAGAAGGUGCCGAUGCGCUUCUUACGGGCGAGGCCGGAGGGCACGAAGAUGCUGGUGCUAAUGGGGGACCCUUAAGUCCGGGCUGCGUCAGCGGUGGCAGUAACGGCCGCCAGACGGCAGUGCUAGUAGAAAGCGAUGGUUUUGUUACAAAAAACGGUCACAAGGUUGUAAUACACUCGAGAUCGCCGAGCAUAACAUCCAGAACGGCAGAUGUCUGAGCCAGGCCUCGCCCCCCCCUCCAAGAUGCACGCGAGAACUAAAGCGUUAAUUUUCUGCUAAUAAUAAUAUCACAAUGUACACACACAACAACAACUAUAUGAACAACAACAACACCGUACAAACAAAUGCGCAAAUAAUUCUUUUGAGUUAAACAUACAAUAACAACAACAAACAACAAAACAUGCUAAAAUAUGAAACGGAAACGGAAACUACAACAUCAGUAAACGUAAAUAGGAAGAACGGAACGAAUGCAGAUUUAUUAAUUUUAGAACAAUAAAAAAACAUGUAAACAUUUAUAAUGUAAAAAAUGAUAAAUGAAGUCAAGAA